AUGCACUACCAGGACCAGAACAUCGCCUUGGAUGUUGCAAAUCUGGUCAGCGGCCAGGACACAGACGAUGCCAUGUUGCGUAGGCUGAACUCGAUGAGCGCUAACCGCCAUCUGAAUGCCAAUCUAUCAGAACAAAAUAUAGGAGUGUCCGGAAGGCGCUCAAGUCCGAUGCACUUCGUCAAGAAGAGUACAGAGGCCAAGCGAAAGCAACGGGCUAAGAAGCAGUUUUACCGGGCACAAAUACAAGCGGAGCUCCGUCAGAAGUACUUUGUGGGGAAAGAAGAUAUUCUGAUCGAGGCACAAUUAAACAAAGAGCAGAAACUGCACACCAGCCCUACAAUAAGCAUGCCAAAACCUAUCCCAGCCCCUGAACGAGCUAAGUUGGCGGAGCUCACGGGUGGUGGGAUACCUGUGUCUUUGUCUACACGUUGGAAGCUAUCCAAAUGA